CCUACCACUGCACACAGACUCACAUCCAACAUGACCGUCCCCAGCUCAGAGGACACACACGUCCUUAUCAUCGGCGCAGGUAUCACAGGCCUUAUCCUCGCACAAUCUCUCAAGAAGGCCGGCAUCCGCUACUCCAUCUUCGAAAAGGAAGUGUCCAUGAACUAUCGCAGCAAUGAAUGGACGAUGGCUAUUCACUGGUCUCUCGACCGUCUGCGCGACCUUCUCCCCGCCGACCGUUUUGCGCACAUGGAAUCCGUCUCGUGCAACCCAGACGUUGCCCUGAACGCGGGCGGAAACUAUCCCAUCAUCCACGGAGAAACUGGCCACUUGAUUGCCGGUGUGCCGUAUGCCAAAGGACUGCGGGUUCCGCGCAGUAAGAUGCGGGAUCUGUGUAGCAAGGGGAUUGACGUCCAGUAUGGAAAGAAUCUGAUCGAUGUGGCGUUCACUGAAAGCCAUAAAGGAGUAGUUGCAUUGUUUGAUGAUGGUUCCAUGGUUGCUGGAACUAUCCUCAUCGGUGCGGAUGGGCCUCGCUCGAAGGUCCGUGAGUUUGCCAUGGGUUCGGCCGAAAAGGCGGCUGUUAGCCGCUUUCCUAUUUUUCAUACUAACAUGACCGUUACCUACAACGAUGCCGAGAAAGCUAGAUAUGUGAGGCAGCGUUUUCCGACGAGUUAUCUGGCUUUGAGUGAUAGGUCGUAUCAUGCAUUCCAAUCUAUCUCGAGCAUGCCUGAUGGUCCCGACCACCCUGAAUCUUGGAUAUUUCAUUUGGCUAUGGCCUGGUUCAUGGACCACGGUCAACCUGCAACUUACCGCGAAAGAUUGGACAUGAUCCGCGAGAAAGCCCAGAGUCUCGCUGAGCCAGCUCGGUCCUCGUUUACUUGGAUCCCAGAUGAUACGCAGGUCCAUAAAGCUGAUAUCAGCUACUGGGUUACUCAGCCUUGGGAUAAUCGACAGGGAAGAUUGACGUUGGUUGGGGAUGCGGCGCAUCCGAUGCCGCCGUACAGAGGACAGGGUCUCAAUCACUGCAUAUGUGAUACAUCUCAUCUUUUGGCUGGCAUUCAGAAGGUAGUGGCUGGGACUGCUACUCUGCAGGAGGCAAUCACUGCGUACGAAGCAGAGAUGAUUCCCCGCGGCCACGAAGAAGUCAAGUGCUCAGUAGAAAACGGGUAUAUGCUGCAUGAUUGGGAACAAGUCCGUGAAAGUCCUGUUUUCCGACAAGGUUUCCGGCCUAUGAGUGGGCAUGAUCGUGGGUCUGUCGAUGGACAUGAGAAGAUGCAACCAAAGGAUAUUGUAGCUAAUUGAGUGUGGUAAGCGAUGCACAUGCAUCUGUUGUGCGAGUUAUAUUUAUCAGUACUACGAUUGAUAAUGAGGCUGUUUACGUCGUGCUGCAAAAUCCUG